AACUGAUCUCUCAUAUGAAUAUAUCUAUGAACAUCAUUAUAUGUCUAGCCUUGCCCCGUUACGAGGAGGCGUUCUCUACACCAAUCGAGACAAUGCUUGAAUUGUCAAGAAUUCAUAUACUAUAUAGACACGAGGCAGUCGGUGAGUCAUCACGAGAAAAAGAUAGUAUAUAGUCAGGUUGUUUCUAGUUUGAUAGCAAACUGUUCCUAUCUGAUCUUCAACAAUUGAUCAUGGCUACCAGCAACGAGACCAUUGUAAUUAUUGGAGCAGGAGUCACUGGCCUCUCCAAUGCCCUGUACAUCCAAGAACACCUUCGCCCCUCCCAGUCCAUCCUCCUGAUCGCCACUCACUUCCCCCACCACACCUCCAUCAACUACGCCUCUCCCUGGGCAGGUGCCCAUUACCGGCCUGUACCAGGCUCCUCGCCACAGCUGGUACGAGAAGAAUGCCAGGCACGCCGGACAUAUACCUUCUUCAAGGCGCUGGCGGCGUCCGACCCCGCUUCCGGCGUGCAGGCUCUCGAGGGCAUCGAGCACCUUGAAUCCCCGCCAGACGAGUACCUCGACGACACCCUCGUCGCGAAUUCAUACGGCCAUCUCGACGAGUUCCAACUGCUUGACCCUCCCGAACUGCCUGAGGGUGUGAAAUGGGGCGCCCGCUACAAGUCCUUCGUGGUCAACUCGCCUGUUUACUGUGCGUGGAUGCUGCGCCGGUUCAUUCUCCGAGGCGGCGUCGUGAGAGAAUACACCCUGGCGGAUAUCAUGGAGGCGUUCCAGGUAGCCCCGAAUGUCAAGACAGCAGUCAAUUGUUCGGGGAUGGGCUUUGGUGAUCCCAAGUCAUUUCCAAUCCGGGGCCAAACAUGUCUUGUUCGAAACCCCUGCUCUGCAACGAUCACCCGCCAGAACGCAGACGGCACCUGGUCAUUCUGUAUCCCGCGCCCACUAGACGGAGGCACCAUUAUCGGGGGCACGAAACAGCCGCACGACUGGACCCCGACUCCGCGCCCGGAGACGCGGAAGACCCUGCUCGAUAACGCAGCGAAAUGGUUCCCCUUUACGCCCGAGAGCGGCGGCCGGUUCGACCUCAUCCGCGACAUUGUCGGGCGCCGCCCCGCUAGAGAGGGCGGGAUGCGUAUCGAAAUCGAGGACCUGGCUCCCGGAAAGACCGUCGUCCAUGCCUACGGCGCUGGGGGGAGGGGGUAUGAACUCUCGAGAGGGGUUGCGGAGGAUGUUGUCCUGUUGAUGCUUGAGAGAGGCUUGUUAAGGGAGAGGCAGGCGUCGUUGUAAAUUUCAAGGCUUUAGUUUAUACUGAAGGUUAUAGCUAUAGCCAUAAUUUAUCUACUAGGUAGUAUACACAAAUCUGUUUUGACCUCGUAAUCCUUCAUCUUAUUCUUGACA